AACAAUCCAAGGCCCAUGCUUUCACAUGUGUGAUAUGAACAGCCAAAAACUACAGAUGGAAUAUUGAUGCAGACUAUUGAUCUGAUUCUAAAAGGCUGACGCCAGCACCAUUCCCCCAGUACUGUCCUUUUCCAGACUAAUGGGCUAUAGCAGCCACAGAAAAAACCAACUUCAAUUCUCAGUUGUCUCAUCUGGGUAAGUGGGUGAUGCUAGAAACUAAGCCUAACAAGUCUGUUGCCAGUUUAACAUAUACAGCUGAUCUGUUCUGCAAAAUCCGAGUAGUUCGGUUCACGUAUCUUAACUUCUGAUCAGUAGGUGACUUGUUUGGGCCACGGAAGGACUUUUGCAUGUUUUACAUUGGAUACGGACUACUGAACUGUGCUGGUGCUUAACAUCUGCACUCCUUCUUGCAUAUUAUUGAGCUGCCUAAGCAACAUGCCAGCAUAUUUCUAUGUUUCAAGGAUGACUGUAUGCACACCACACGAGAACCUGUGAAUUGCUGUCUGUCAGGGAAAGCCUGAAACACCUUGCACAAGUUACUUAGACCAGAGUUUCACUCAAAAGCUUUAUAAAGUGGAAAGCAGGAAAGAAGACAGAAGACUAAGCACGAACUAACUUGCUCAGUGAGUGUAUAGCUCGCUCUUUAAGAAAUGUUCCUUCCAAAACAAUCUUGCAUGAGGAAAACUAACACCACAUAGCUACUGUCCAAGACCAAAGACUUGAUAACUAAAAAUGUGGAAAACUGUACGCAUGUCACAAGAUGGUGCUUGCCCAGGAGACUUCAUGCUUCAGAAUGUAAACUGUCCUCGUGUGAAGCUGGGGCAAGAAUUCCCCGGAGUAGCUUUCCGAGGCCACCUCCGCUCUCUUCCAAAACUGAUGGAGAAAACAAGCUCUUCCCAUGCAAGUCAUGGCAACCAUAAGGAGAACAGUCCUUUUCUGAACAGUUCAGAAGCUGGCAAGGGAGGUGAUUACUAUGACAGAAAUCUGGCCUUGUUUGAGGAAGAACUUGAUAUACGACCAAAAGUGUCAUCUCUGCUUGGCAAGUUGGUCAACUACACAAAUCUUACCCAAGGUGUUAAGGAACAUGAAGAAGCUGAAAGUACUGAUGGCUCGAAGAAGAAAGUAUCAAAAUCACCCAGCAUGGGCACCCUGAUGGGGGUGUAUUUACCAUGCAUGCAGAAUAUCUUCGGGGUUAUUCUCUUCCUUCGGCUGACUUGGAUGGUAGGAAUGGCUGGAGUUCUUCAGUCGUUCCUGAUUGUAUUACUUUGCUGCUGUUGUACUAUGCUUACAACCAUAUCAAUGAGUGCUAUUGCCACCAAUGGUGUUGUUCCGGCUGGUGGCUCCUAUUUCAUGAUAUCCAGGUCAUUGGGCCCAGAGUUUGGUGGAGCUGUAGGGCUGUGCUUUUAUUUGGGAACAACAUUUGCAGGAGCAAUGUAUAUCCUUGGUGCCAUUGAGAUUUUAUUGACAUACAUUGUGCCACAAGCAGCAAUCUUUCAUCCAUCCGGGGCACAUGAUGCAUCCAGUGCUAUGCUGAACAACAUGAGGGUGUAUGGCACUGUGUUCCUCAUCCUGAUGGCAGUGGUGGUCUUUGUAGGCGUGAAAUAUGUUAACAAAUUUGCCUCCCUCUUCUUGGCCUGCGUAGUAAUAUCCAUCCUGUCCAUUUAUGCUGGAGCUAUCAAGUCCAUCUUUGAUCCACCUGCAUUUCCGAUUUGCAUGUUGGGCAACAGGACUUUGUCAAGAGAUCAGUUUGAUGUUUGUGCCAAAACCAUAGUGAAGGAUAACAUUACUGUGGCCUCUAAGCUUUGGGAGCUCUUCUGCCACAGUACGAACUUAACCACUGAGCACUGUGAUGAAUAUUUCCUAAUGAACAAUGUCUCCGAGAUAGCAGGAAUUCCAGGAGCUGCUAGUGGCAUUUUAAAAGACAACUUAUGGAGCAAUUAUUUGGAGAAAGGAGAGAUACUGGAGAAAGCACAUCACCCAUCUGUUGAUGUAGCAGGCCAGAAGAACAACCUCCAUCUAUAUGUGCUUUCAGAUAUAGCUACUUCAUUCAUGGUGCUGGUUGGCAUCUUCUUCCCUUCGGUGACCGGUAUCAUGGCUGGUUCAAACAGAUCAGGGGACCUCAAAGAUGCACAGAAAUCCAUUCCUGUUGGAACAAUUCUUGCUAUUGUCACCACAUCGCUAGUCUACUUCAGCUGUGUGUUAUUAUUUGGAGCCUGCAUAGAAGGCGUAGUCCUGAGAGAUAAGUACGGCGACGCAGUGAACAAGAACUUGGUGGUGGGCACCCUUUCGUGGCCCUCGCCAUGGGUCAUUGUCAUAGGCUCCUUCUUCUCCACCUGCGGAGCAGGUCUGCAGAGCCUUACGGGAGCCCCUCGGCUGCUGCAGGCCAUAGCAAAGGACAACAUCAUUCCUUUCCUCUGGAUUUUUGGUCAUGGAAAAGCAAAUGGUGAACCGACAUGGGCUCUUCUGCUCACGGCAUUAAUCGCUGAGCUGGGGAUCCUUAUUGCUUCACUUGACAUGGUGGCUCCGAUUCUCUCAAUGUUUUUCUUGAUGUGUUACCUCUUUGUUAAUCUCGCAUGUGCAGUGCAAACGCUUCUUAGAACUCCAAACUGGCGGCCGCGAUUUAAAUACUAUCACUGGGCUCUCUCAUUUUUAGGCAUGAGUAUUUGCCUGGCACUGAUGUUUAUUUCAUCUUGGUAUUAUGCUUUGGUAGCUAUGCUUAUUGCAGGCAUGAUUUACAAGUACAUUGAAUACCAAGGUGCGGAGAAGGAAUGGGGUGAUGGCAUCCGCGGGCUUUCGCUCAGCGCAGCACGAUACGCCUUGCUCAGGCUGGAGGAGGGCCCGCCGCACACAAAGAACUGGAGACCUCAGUUGCUGGUGCUUCUGAAACUUGACGAAGAUUUGCACGUAAAAUACCCUAGACUGUUAACAUUUGCGUCCCAGCUGAAAGCUGGUAAAGGUUUGACUAUCAUAGGAUCAGUGAUCCAGGGGAAUUUCUUGGAAACUUACGGAGAAGCCCAGGCUGCUGAACAGACUAUUAAGAAUAUGAUGGACAUUGAGAAGGUGAAAGGAUUUUGUCAAGUAGUUGUAGCCAAUAAAGUUCGAGAAGGAAUUGCCCACUUGAUCCAGUCCUGUGGACUGGGUGGCAUGAAACAUAAUACUGUGGUUUUGGGAUGGCCGUAUGGCUGGAGGCAAAGUGAAGAUCCAAGGUCAUGGAAGACGUUUAUAGGUACCGUUCGGUGCACAACUGCAGCCCAUCUGGCUCUGCUGGUUCCCAAAAAUGUGUCUUUCUACCCCAGCAACCAUGAGCGUUACAAUGAAGGCAACAUUGAUGUGUGGUGGAUUGUACAUGAUGGAGGCAUGUUGAUGUUGCUUCCUUUUCUUCUCAAACAGCACAAAGUUUGGAGAAAAUGCAAAAUGAGAAUUUUUACUGUAGCUCAGAUGGAUGAUAACAGCAUCCAGAUGAAGAAAGACUUGGCUACUUUCCUCUAUCAACUCCGAAUAGAGGCAGAGGUAGAAGUGGUAGAAAUGCACAAUAGUGAUAUCUCAGCAUAUACUUAUGAGAGAACUCUUAUGAUGGAGCAGAGAUCUCAGAUGCUGAGGCAAAUGAGGCUGACAAAAACAGAGAGGGAAAGGGAGGCUCAGCUGGUAAAGGACAGACAUUCAAUAGCACGUCUGGAGAGCCUCUACUCAGAUGAAGAAGAUGAGGGGGACUCAGUUCCUGAGAACAUCCAGAUGACCUGGACAAAAGAGAAAUGUGACGCUGAGAAGCGGAACCGAGGCAGUGCCGUGGGAAGCUUUAGAGAUCUCAUCAGCAUUAAGCCGAACCAGUCUAAUGUCCGAAGGAUGCACACAGCAGUGAAGCUAAAUGAAGUUAUUGUAAAUAGAUCCCAUGAUGCCAGACUUGUUCUCCUCAACAUGCCUGGUCCUCCAAAGAAUACUGAUGGAGAUGAAAACUACAUGGAGUUUCUUGAAGUCUUGACUGAGGGUCUGGAGAGAGUAUUACUUGUUAGAGGAGGCGGCAGAGAAGUCAUCACCAUUUACUCCUGAUUUAGUACAAGCUUCUAGCACUGGUCUACAUUUACCUUCUUGGCGAUAACGGACAUUCCAGUUUUAAAUGGAGAAGAAAAAAAGGUUUUUUUGCCUAACUUUCUCCUCAUCCAGUCCUAUUCAUAGUCUUUCCAUUUGCAACAUACAUAUCUUUUGGGAUUGCAGUAUUGUUACACCAUCCAAUUAGCAACAUAAGUUAAUUGUGAAGCUGCCACAUUAUUUUCUGCUUUGGUACUCCAGCAUUUGUGCAUGUAGUUUAAACACUAAACCUAUUUUUAGUCAGCACUGCUAUGUGCAGUAUUUUUAGUAACUGUAUGUAAAGUUAGGACAUGAAAGCCAGUUACUGUAAAAAGAUUUUAAAAGCUUUUUAUAUUAGGUUUGGGGGAUAGAAUUACAUUAUAUAGCAGCUAGUUUCUGCUAAAGUUCAGCUAUAAAGCAUUUUCUAAGAGCACACUAAAACGUAAGAGAGGACUGAAAAAACUUUGUUUUUCUGGGUUUAUUUCCAGAACUAAACUCUCAGUAUUGGAUAAGAAUUUAUACUUUUAAUACAUUUAUUGAUAGAGAUUUAAAUAAAUUAUGUUGAUAUAGUUGAAAUUAUGUAUGUAGCUUGCUACAAAUUGUGUUGCUUCUGAGACUUGAGGUUCUGUGAGGCCAGAUCCCUAUUUAUUUUUGUAUUUAUUUGUCAGAAAUAUUGGAUAUGCAGAUGCAGACUGUUUAGGAUAACAGAGAUCUCACAAUAAAUUUUGAGUUAUCAGUGGAUUGAAGGACCAGUCCUGUGCAGUUCUUCCAUGCUUUAAAUUUCUUGCAGACCAUCCAUCAAAGUACAUUGAGCAUGCUGGAGUCCCGUGUGUAGAGCCAGGUGCUAUGCUGCACGCACAGCGAUGGGAUUGCACUUGCACAAGUACAGGGGACCUGCUGCUUCAUUGUAUGCUUUAUGCCCUUAGAGGAAAAAGAAGAAAAGAAGACCCAUAUUAACCAAUAAGUCUCUGGAGAUUUUUUUCAAGCCCAUUAAGUUGUACUUUAUGUACAGAACAUUCGUAUUUUUUCAAUAAAAUGUUGCAUACACUUUGAACCUA